AUGGAGGAAUACGUCGGGACUAUGGCGGAUGGCGGCACUGGCCAGAAGCUUACCUAUGCCACAACUGUGGUCGCUGGCGUUGCUUCAGUGGUUGCGACAAUACUCUCUGUUGUCUCGAUAAUGUUACAAGCCAAAAACUACCGUAAACCCCUACUGCAAAGAUACGUCGUCAGAAUCCUUCUCAUGGUUCCUAUAUACUCGAUAGCAUCAUGGACAAGCAUGGUCUCGUUGAAAGCCGCUGCGUUUCUCGAUCCGGUCCGCGAUAUCUAUGAAGCCUUCACAAUAUAUACCUUCUUCCAGCUCCUCAUCAAUUACCUUGGUGGUGAGCGGUCUCUCAUCAUUAUGACACAUGGUCGCGCUCCAGUGCAUCACCUCUGGCCACUCAACCAUGUUCUUCCCAAGGUCGACAUCUCGGAUCCCCAUACGUUUUUGUCCAUCAAGCGCGGCAUUCUUCAGUAUGCCUGGCUCAAGCCUAUUCUUGCGCUAUCUGCUAUCAUCAUGAAAGCGACCGGUACAUAUCAAGAGGGCUAUAUUGGUCUAAGCUCAGGAUACCUUUGGAGUGGCAUCGUUUACAACAUCAGUGUCACCGUCAGUUUAUAUGCGCUUGGUCUCUUCUGGGUCUGUAUGAAUCAGGACUUGAAGCCAUUCAGGCCUGUGCCCAAGUUCUUAUGUAUUAAACUCAUUAUCUUUGCUUCUUACUGGCAGGGCUUUUUUCUAUCGAUUCUGGUUUUUUUGGGUGCGAUCCCUGAUAAUGUUGAGGGUUACACCUCCGACAACCUGGCAGCGGCUAUCCAGGACGCUCUUAUUUGCGUGGAAAUGCCUAUCUUUGCCGUGGCCCAUUGGUACGCUUUCUCAUGGCACGACUUUGCUGAUAACAGCAUUCUAUCCGCUCGCAUGCCCUUGCGACAUGCUUUCAAAGAUGCUUUCGGUGUUAGAGAUCUUAUUGAAGAUUCGAAAUUGACCUUCCGAGGAGAUACGUACGGCUACAGAAUCUUCGAUUCUGGUGACAAGGUCAUGGCUCAUGAAGAUUCCAAAUCUCGUCUUGCGAGACUCAAAGAAGGGAUGCGAUACGAGCGUGGUGGAAAGGGGAAAUACUGGCUUCCUAAGCCUGGUGAGGUGAAUUCAACAACGCCUCUUCUUCGCGGGAAUGGGGAGUCAAGCGACAACAGACCUGAUCAGAUUAAUGAAAACAUACAUGGUACCUUCGAGGAACCCGAGAUAGACGCUGAUGAGGAUCGCCUUUACGAGCAAGCACGCCAACUGGAGUAUGGUGAUUGGAAUUACCCAGUCAUUACCGCCAGCGAACCGCUGAGAGAACGAUACCGUUCUCCUGGCAGCUUUGGUACGAGGUCUUCAGCUUAUGCCAGCCCAUCCGUGAGGUCGCCGGCAACAGAGUAUCCUCCCGCAACAAACAAAGGGAAGCAAAGGAGCAGAGGGCAUGGACGUGAUUCUCAGCUGGAGCCUCAACCUGAAGCUGUUGUCCCAAUUAAGAAGAAAAAGAAACCAAGGAAAGUUGUCAAACAUGCCGAACCAGACCCAGGCGAACUGGGCCUGAACAAGGGGCCUCCCGCUCCUGCAGAAACCGCCCAAGUUGGUGGACACGAUGGACACGAGAGUCCUAAGAAUGAAGAAUCUAGAGCUUGGAGCGACGAUCGAAAUCAACCAGAGUCCCAUGCAGCCUCCAAUUACCAAUCGGAUUAUGGAAUAGACCAGGACGAAUUCCGCAAUGUUUGGGGAAGAGAUGAAGGAUCUAGAUAA